CUCUGUUGCUACUCAGUUGUUGUAGUUACCAGGAAGAUUAACCGCGAUGAUCAACUGGCCCUGGCGAAACCAGCUAGCUAGCAGUUAGCAAGCUGUCAAAGAUAAAGGUGGAGGUGGUAGCGUUAGGUGCCAUGGUAAAGCCUAGACACUUGAUCCCAGGAAGAUUUCACCUGGCAGCUCGUCCCCUGUUCCUGUGAAGAUGCCUGCUGUGAUCCGCGAUAAGGAGGACUCUGAAUCCUCCUCCGAGGACGAGCAUGAAGAUCAUCCCUGCAUUGCCUGGAGUGGCCUCAGCAAGACCAUCCCAGUUCUCUUGUUUUACCCUGAAGCUGCAGUUUCAAAAGAUGGGAAUAUCUGCUCUGCUGGAGAGCGAUAUAACAUGGCCUUUAAGAUUGUGCGCACAGAGAGCCGCCUGGUACGAGGACUACUCACCAAUCAUGGAUUCCAUGAGGUUCACCCAAACAGCAAUGACUUUAACCUCAUGUGGACAGGAUCUCACCUCAAGCCUUACAUACUACGCAGCCUUGAAGACUUCCAGAAGGUCAACCAUUUCCCCAGGUCAUAUGAAUUGACGCGCAAAGACCGUCUGUAUAAAAACAUCCAGCGAAUGCAGCAGACUCAUGGCUUCAAAAACUUCCAUAUCGUUCCUCAGACCUUUGUGCUGCCCUCUGAGUACCAGGAAUUCUGCAAUUGUUUCGCCAAGGACAAAGGACCCUGGAUUAUCAAACCAGUAGCAUCUUCCAGAGGGCGCGGCAUCUACUUGGUCAGCAAUCCGAAUCAGAUUUCAAUGGAUGAGAACAUUUUGGUGUCUCGAUACAUUAACAACCCACUACUGAUAGAUGAGUUCAAGUUUGACAUGCGGCUGUACGUGUUGGUGACAUCGUACGAUCCGGUCCUCAUCUACGUCUAUGAGGAGGGCCUGGCGAGAUUUGCCACUGUCAAGUAUGACCGGACUUCAAAGAACAUUAAGAACACGUUCAUGCAUCUCACUAACUACAGCUUGAACAAAAAGAGCAGCGAUUAUGUCAGUUGCGAUGACCCUGAAGUUGAGGAUUAUGGGAACAAGUGGAGUAUGAGUGCAGUGUUGAGGUAUUUGAAGCAGGAAGGGAAGGACACCACAUUGCUGAUGAGACAGGUGGAAGACCUCAUCAUCAAAGCUGUAAUAAGUGCUGAGCUGCAGAUAGCCACUGCCUGCAAGAUGUUUGUUCCACACAAGACAAACUGCUUUGAACUGUACGGUUUCGACGUGCUCAUUGACUCCAACCUCAAACCCUGGUUGUUAGAAGUGAACCUUUCUCCCUCCCUGGCCUGUGAUGCGCCCUUGGAUCUGAAGAUAAAGGCCAGCAUGAUUGCAGACAUGUUUUCACUUGUGGGCUUUGUGUGUCAGGACCCCCUGUCGAGACACCCACGCUCUGACCGAGUCACCUUGGAUCCUGGACCCAAGCAACGUACACAGAAACCACUUUCUGCACUGACAGCCACUGCACACAGCAGAAUGCGACAGAGGCCCACAUCAGCCAGUAACUCAGAAACAGAGGGGUCGAAAGACAAGCCAGGGCCUAAACAAGGCCAAGGAGACAGCACUCUGAGCUUGACUGCUGAGGAGAUCAAAGUGCUGAGGAGGAUAAAGGAAGAGUACGAGAGACGAGGAGGCUUCAUAAGGAUCUUCCCCACUGCAGAAACAUGGGAGCUCUAUGGUGGAUAUCUGGAGUCCAAGACAUCAAUGAACUACAUGUUGGCAAACAGACUUUUCCAUGGAAGGAAUGUGAAUGGGAAUGUGCAGCUGCAGGUGGACGCUGUCCACGGCUGUCACGUUGUCCAGUACGAGAGGAAGCUGCUGUCUCUGGAGGCACGUAAGAGGAGACAGGGCCACCUGACUCAUCGCUCUGCUGAAAGGAAGAAGAAAUCGGGGAAAGAAUCCAAGGCCUCCCCGACUGAGAGCAGCAGUCAGGAGGGAGAGGAGUGCGCUCAGGAGGAAAGAGAGGAGGUGAAACAAGCUCUCGAGCCAGUCUCACACAGGGCUUUGGUAGCAGAGCAAAGAAAACAAGUGGCCACACCACUGGAGCGCUGCCACGGCGAGACUCUGUCCAGCUCGGAGGCAACCACGCACAAUGCCAAGCCCAGAGUCAACCUGCUCAACAUCCUUCAGCAGGGGUGGGAGCUCAGUAAAGUACAGGCCCGGAUUGCCUUUUCCUCAUACCUGCAGCGAGUGCAGCAAAGACUGUUGGCAGAAAGCAGGGCCAACGCCAUCCCAGCUUGGCCAGACAAGGACAACGACCAAAUGGAGCUGGUGAUUCGCUUCCUGAGAAGAGCAGCCAGUAACCUUCAACAAGACAUAAAGGUGGUCCUGCCCAGUCGACAGCUUCCACUCCAAGACCGCAGACGCAUCCUGUCCCACCAGCUAGGAGAGUUUAUCCACUGUUACAACAAGGAGACUGAACAUAUGGUGAAAAAACAGGAGAGCAGCAAAGAGGAGCAUUGUGUCAACCCCAGUGUGUUUCAGGAGUACAUCACUGCGGCGAGUGAAAAUGAUCUGGAGGAAGUUCUGACAUUCUACACACAGAAAAAUAAAUCAGCCACAGUCUUCCUAGGAACAAAAGUCAGCAGCGUUAAGAAAGACGUUCAUGAAGUAAACGCCUCAGGAGAUUCAGGCAACUGUGAGAAUUCCAAAACUCUGCCUGUGGCCAAAGAGGAUUCCAGCGCUUCGGAGUCGUCGCUCUCCAUGGGGAAAGUCAGCAGUGACCCAGACAUCAAGGCCACUGAGAGUCAGCCUUCUGUCCGCGCUGAAGACCAACAGGCAGCAGUUAGAACUGGUAAAAUCCAACCGGAGGUCCAGGCCUCACAGCACUGCUCCAGCUUUCCUGUGACUUUAGAAUGCACUCAUAUUCAUCUGCAGCACUGUACCCCCGCCCCUACGUCCCUGCCUCUCCAUUGUCCGCCACCGCCGCCGCCUCUUCAGCCACCAUCCUACGCACAGUCCUUGGCUAAGUCUCAGUUCUGCCAUUCUGAGACUAUUUCCGACCCGCCUGCGUACAACCCUGCCCUCGUGGUCACACAGCCACCAAGGGCAAUGUGGACAGCUGUUUCCACUGGUUAUAACACAGUCUGCACGGGGCAGCCGACCCAGGUGCUCAGGAGGAUUCAGUCCUUUACAUCAUCGACGCCCAGCUCUGGAGCCGCCUCUUCCAUCCCAAGUGCCACGCACAUCUAUAGCCAGAAGCUCUCUAGACCUACCUCUGCAGGUCAAGUGAUCAAGAGGAGCAAUUCCAGUAAGCUGAAAUCAAACUCAGCAGGGACAUUAAAGGAGUUAAACUCCCUGUCAGCCCAAGCUCAGUCUAACCAGCAGGCCUUCAUCUCAGCCCUCCAAAAGCUGGCCGACAAGCAGGUAGCUCGCCACUAUGCCAGCUCCAGUCACAUCAACCUGCUGACACAACACUUGACCAACCUGAACCUGGCAAACAGGAUGCUGAGCAGGGAGAGUGCCACACUGAACCCUAAAAUGCGGCAUACUCCUGCUGCAGCCCAGGGACCACUGAAAGCCAUUCACUCUGGAACAGAUCUAUGUAGCAGCAUGAGCCACAGGCCACUGAAGGAUGAGGAGGGUCUUUGGGAUGGGCAGAUGCAGAGUGCCUACAGCUUGGUGACAGGGGUGAACCCCCUGCAGCGCUACCAGCCCACCCAGGGAAGCUACCAGCUUCAGUUUGCUAUCCAGAAACUGCAACAGCAAAGACUUCAGUCUCAACAAUUUCUGGACCAGAGCAAAUGCAGACACCAGGCUCAAUUUCCAGAGCAGACACAUACUUCACAUGCCCAGGCUCCCACGAACUCAUCCAGCUGCCCUCCAUCCAGCUUUCAUGUUCGGCCCAAUCACGGUCAUGUCCACAGCCACAUCCAAACCUGUGUUAGUCCUGCUCUCGCCCCAAAGCCGCCCAGCAGUGCCAGAGAGAGACAGACCAGGAAAACAGCAACAAAGCGCCUCAUCAAGCAGACGUCCGCAGAAAGUUCAGCCAGUGGAAGUGUGUCCAGUGGCCAGCAUGUGGUCUACAAAGCCAUCUGUGGUAAAACAGGUCUUUCUGUGUACCGCAAGCUGCUCCAGGGCCAGGAACCCGGUCACAGAUGACAUGAAAGCGACCAGAGGCACGUCCUGCCCCUUUGCCGGCCUGACAGGUGUCUCUGCAUGUAACUACAUCCUCACAGAGGUGUAUUCUGGGAAAGGACAACAGCAACAGAUGAAAGCAUGCCAGACAUCGAACAGGGUCCUAUUAAUUUCUCUCUGAUACAGCCGCAGACAUGUGAGAGGAUAGUCUGCAAGGCCAGGAAUGCCCAGCCUUGACGCAGGUUGGGAUUUUGUUUGCUCAGCUCAACAUCAGUUGGCCUUUUCAGCCCCCCCCCUCCACCCACUUGGCUACAUGCACACAUCCCAACAGUUGUCCGCCCUCAUUCUCUCCAUGCUACCGAUGCCACAGAAAGAUUUCACUGACAGAUAGCCUUCAGCAGAUGGCUCUUCAAUGCCCUGGUGGCAUUUUAACUACAGGAUUCAACAUUUUAUUCAUGUGGUAGAAUGUGCACUGCUUUUUUUCUCUUCCUUAGUUAUACAAGCAGGUGAGAUGGGGGUUUGGUAAUUAGUUGCCUGAGCAGCGUCUCAUCUUGCUGCCUUUCAUGAGUGGCUUCUGGCAUUAAAACACUCCAACUUCUGAUCCUUGUUGGAAGCCAAGUUGUUGCCAAAUAAUACUCUGUGGUCAUUGCCUAAGGAUGUGUUUAACUAUGGCAUCCUUUGCUUGUAGGCUUUAAAAAAGGAGCUUAAAUAUGAUUGGUUGUUGCAAGGAUGAUGCAACACUGUUGCCAGGAGGUUUAAGUUUUAUAUCGAGAAAACAGCUGGCUUGUGAUUAUUCCUGUAAACUGUUGAGAUGUUGGUGUUGUUCUCCUUGGAUGGACCAAAUGUAAUGUUUUUGGUUUUAUAAGUAAAUUAUUGCAUUAGUAUUUAUUUAUUGUACAUUGUCCACCGAAAGGCCUGUUUGGCCAUUUCUGUAGCUCAAAGCAUAACACAAAGAGGAAUUAUGGUUAUGCACAGCCUUGCCUACAAUGGAGGUUAAUGCUGCACCAGCAGACCAAUAUCCUGGUGGAUAUUCUGUUGCUUGGGACCAUAUAGCGAGUUCACUCAGGGUGUGUUAACAGAAUAAAAAAAAUCUCUGUUAUAUAUCAAUAGAUUCAGCAUAUGUUUAUGAUGACUUUGUCAGAAAUACUUGAAUGUCAUGCAUGUUUUUGUCAUAUCAAAUGGUGAUUAUUAUCAGAGGGAUUUUGCACAGAUUGUCGUUUCAAUGCAGUAAAACAGAACUGGAUUUUAUGUUAUUUUUUUGUAGUGAUUGAUGUUGUUGUGGAUUUACUGCUACUUUACUAUGCCAGUGCAUGCUGUGUUACAAAAAUCCAAUGGUAG